AUGGACUUCUUGGGAGAGUGCGUCACGGGGGGCCGGCUGAGCGCCGAGGAUCUCCUCUGCACUUACGUCGAGCUUCGGGUGCUGCCACUCCAGAGGCGUGUCCACAAGAUCGGGCACAUGUCCGGCCGGCUUGAUCCAACCCGGACGUCGAAGGUGGCGCUCACCAAGGCCCAGCUCUUCGACCGCCAAGGUGUUGAGGACGGCGAUCUGGCGCAGAAGAUCUGGACACCGGAUCAUGUUGACCCAGCUGACCAAGCCGGCGACCAAGCCGGCGACGAUGAUCUGCCGGAGGUGCCAGACCAAGGCGGCCAGGGGGAGCACAACCCGCCGCCUUCACCGGAGCACGAGCCGGAGCAGGAGGAGCCGGUGGAGUCCGGUACGGGGCCUAUCCCCGCGGUGCCCCUGUGCUCGAGGCCGCCUGGCGCCUCGGCAACUUCUGCGCCCGGGGGAGGGAAGCGAGCCAGCGGCGGGUCCACGGCUAAGCUGGAGGCUAGGGCCAAGAAGCAGCGCCGGGUGGAGCCCAAGAAGGUUCCAGAGGCAGCCGGGGCUGCCAUCAAGUUUACCCAGGGCGGCGGCUCUCGGCCGCCUCCCCGUGCUGAGCCAACGCUCUCGCGGCAGAGGAGGGAGUCGACCCCGCAGUCUUCGAUGCGCGCGCCGCCUGUUGUGAUCGUGCCGCCUGCGGGCACAUCUUCAGCUGCGCCUCCUGCGGCGCCUGGUCGCGGCACCCAGGGUGAGCCGGUCCACCGGCCCACUUUGGAUGAGAUGUUUCCGCGCCGCGCUCCGCUGUUGGGGCCUACAGCCGGGGCCGGCAGGGGUGCGCCGCCAGCGACCGGAGCUGGAGCCGGCGGGGCUGCACCGCCUGAUACAGGAGUUGGGGCCAGCGGGGCAGCGCCGCCUGAAGCUGGAGCCGGCGGGGCUGCGCCACCGGAGGGAACGCACCCGACGCCAGAGAAGGUAGCCCCCACCGGCCCGACUGCUUCGACCGUGCCACCUCCGACUUCGGAGACGUCGAGGGAGGAGCCGGCCGGGAAGGAGCCGGCAAGGGAGGAGCCAACGCGCCCGAAGGACGCCGACUCCCGGGCGUUGGCCAAGGCCGCCGAGACCAUUGCCCAGCUGGCAACGCUGGAGGAUGCUGACAAGGUGGUUGCGGAGCGACGCACCGUCUUCUGA